CCCCCUGGUACGUGGAAGAUCACCCGCAUGAUCAAGGACGAGUAUGACGUCAGCGUGACGGGUCACACCACCCUGGACUUUACUUAUCAGUUCCUGGAAACGGUGACAAACACUGGCAAUGUGUUUCCUGUACAUGGUCAGCCAUUAGCAGGGGAAAAUACGACGAUACUGAUCUCUUUGACGCAGUCGGUCCAAGUUGCAGGCUUAGCCAAGAUGUCCUUUGUUGACAGAAAUGGACUUCUCAUGUCAGACGUCAUGUCGAUGACUAAAAAUGGACCUAGACGAUUUAUUGGACACGGUGUCAUCCCAGUAAAGAGUUUCUCAGUGAUGAUCUGGUUCACUGACAAUUUGGGGCACGUUGUGAUGAGACAGAGCUCUGCGAUGGUUGCACCGUCAGUUUCGAAACCUGCCAAGUAUUAUGAUGACGACAUCUAUGAGAAAAUGAUGUCACUCAAACCUCUUAAAGCUACAGUUGCAUCAAAAUCCUUGUCAUCUAACAGAACCCUACUGACAACUGUCAUCGUCACAUCGGUCCUUCUUAUCAUUGCAACGGCGCUUAUGGUGGUGAUUCGAAAGAGGAAUCUACCUCCUACCAGUAAGAAGAGUCUGGAAGGCAAGAAGAUCAUGUUGGGUUCCAAAAAACCUUCCAUCACGUGUAUUGUCAGCCUCGAUCCCGAGAGUGGUAGCGUGUUUGGGACUGAACAGGAAAGAGGCUCCAUCUUCUAAAAUAACGUGUCCGAUUGCUAUCACAGAUAUAACUGACGUUUAUUUAAUUCCUUCAUUGACACACUAGUUAGGCUUGUUAAAAAAUUUGUAAUUUGGUGAUAGUUAAAAAUGAACUAUAAACAUAUACCGGGUAUUUACCAGUCGUACAUUUAAGUGACGGACUCAGUGCAGGACAUCUUGCUGUUAUUCUGCUUACCGACUGUAACAUGACACGUAUUCUGCAUGUGAAUUGCGCACCAAGUCUUACCGUUACUUAGCAUCCUCCAGUUGAAUCUGUAUUUUCACUCAUCGAUCAUCGCUUCUAGAUGAUUCUUAUUUUAACUGAUUGUCCUUAUAAAAAGCUGGGAAUCAAAAGACCGUAGAUUUUCAUGGUCCCGCUGAAAUUGUUUCAGCAUAUUUUGACGCUCCUCCUCCUCGUGUCCUGCGUAAUGCACAUACAUGUGUCACUUAUCAAAACACAAAGCAUGCGUGAAUUUAAUAAUAAAUUGGCUUCAUUUCCCAAAAUAUUUCUGUUCUACUGUGAUACCAUGCACACUUAUAGUUUUGAGCAACGCAUAUUAAUGGUCUUUUAUAUUUAACAUUUUAAGUGUAACCUCGAACUUCUCCAUGUCACAAUAAUGAAAAACUUAGGUUACUGUAUAACUCAAUCCUUUUUGCUUUAAAAUCGUUUGAGAUCUUUACUAAUGGCGCUUUUAUUUAUUUCAUUUAUUCAU